AUGCUCUUCCUGACGUUGAUCGUCUGGGUGCCAUCAUAUAUCCUUUCCCUCUACCUCGUCUUUCUCAAAGCAGAGCAGCUCCUACUUCACGGCGUAUAUGCGCGUACGAAUGUCUCCGAAACGAGUCCACCAGGCAACAAUGCAGGAGGGUGGCUGGCCAGAUUAGGUUGGGGACUGGGAGAAGCAUCUGUCGAGAUUAUCGAUUCAAAACCUGCGCAAGUAUUUGAAGCUCGAAUCGCUUUUUUCGGACGAGCAAUACCCGAAGACGGUCUGACAGGGUGGCUCGUACCGCUCGAUUCCAUCGUAGAGCCCUGUACACCCAACGAGGAGAAUGUCAUAACGACCCUCAACAAUCCUGAGCCUACUGCUUCUAUACGCGGUUCGCGCACACCGCCCAUGCCGUUUAUGGGUCUAGACGGCGCGUACGAACUGGAGAUUGAAUACGAGUAUGACGACUCAAAUGAUCCUACAAUUGAUCCAGACAAUACGGGCUGUCCACCGCUUUGUCCCAUCACGUCCCUCUUCGGCCACUCGACAAACGGUGCAUCAACGGACGAGGGGGAACCGUUUACGCCAUUCCCAAAUACGACAUGGAUUGCACUCGUUCAACGUGGAACGUGCUCGUUUGCUGCCAAAGCCCAAUAUGCCCAAUCUAUUGGCGCCUCUGGGUUGAUUGUAGGCGGACUGGACAACAACUUGAUUAGUAUGAGCGCCUCUGGUGCGACGGGGGCUAAGAUUGAGAUUGCGAGCAUCUUUGUCGGACACAAUUCGUACCUUAACCUCACGGCUGCGGUCGAGAGGAGUGGAGUGCGGAUUGGAGUGGGCUCCCCAGCCUCCACUAGUGACCAUUCAGAGGGCGAAAAGGAAGUGCGAGUCCGAGAAGUUCGUACGAUCAUGGUUCGACUGGAGGGCGAGCCACCAUGGGAGUGGUAUACGCCCAUUCUAUCUCUUCUCCUCGUGCUCUCUUUGCCAUCUCUCCUUACGCUCUGCACUCUUCUCGUCCAUCGUGUGAGGGCAGAGAGACGGGAGAGGGAGAUGCGUGCGCCUGAAGACAUUGUGGCUGGGUUGCCUAUCCGUGUAUGGACUGGCGCUGGAUGGGAAAAGGAUUUAGAGAGUGGACGACAGGCGAUUCCUUCGGUUCACGCGACGGAAGAGGAUGAAGUGGGAGAUUCUACUCAACCAUCUGAGAGAAGUCCGCUGUUACCUGUGCGCAGCGACUUGAAGGAGAGUGGAGGUGCAAGUGGCUAUGGUGCAAUUGAUCCAGAGCCAUCAACGAGUGCACCGCAACGGCAAGAUAUCCCCCAUCUCGAGGACGAUACACAGGCAGAAAGUUUCACCCUUCGAUUCAUCCCGCUCUCGCACCCGAACCGCUAUCUCCUUCGGAGGAACGAGAUUUGA